AUGUCACAGAUUUCCCUCGCGCAGGUGAAGAAGAACCUGAGCGGCACAUGGGCCAAGGAGAGUGAUCUGAGCGAGACGUACGUAUUUGCCUUCACCUCGGACACACAGUGGUCGUGCACGCGGAAAAACGGGCAGGGUGAGCGGAAGUUCCGGCUCGCGUACGACAAGGCAGGCGAGAAGCUCUGGUGGGGAGAGUCGUAUUUCCUUGACCCAGUCGAGUUGAACACCAAGCCGGCGAAAGCACAAUGGUACCGCGCCAGCGACAGAGCGCAGAAGAAGGCGGCUUUCUUGUGGCGGAAAACCGCAGAGGCCACCGCUGCAGAGCUAAGAGCCAUAGAAGCUCUGGCGCGCGUGCCGAGUAAGGUCGUGACCAAGGGAACUGGCAAGUCUGACGUGGCCAGGGGGGCCAAGGGAGUUGGCAAGUCUGACGUGGCAGCCACACCGAAGUGGGUCCCCGCUCCACGCGCGGCCGGCGCAGUUGGACCCGCAGCAGGAGAAAGAGCCGAGGUGGGCAAGAGCACGCGCGGCCGCGGAGCUGGCUCCACAUGGCCGCUGCCCGAGGUGGUAGUUGACCUGGAGCAGAUGCUUGUGAUCUACAAGCCACCGUACUGGAAGUGUGAGCUUCCAGCUGCAGAUACUCUCGACGACCCCCCGCAAGCAGAUAGGAAAAGAGACAAUCCUUUCCUCCUCCGAUGGGUCAAGGAGGCUGUGAAAGACAUCGAUGCCGAACUUUACAAGGAGGAUUUCAACCCUGCAAUAUCUGGAACAGGCUUUGGCCCCCUCUCCCACCGCAUCGACCAGGAGACCAGCGGGCUCUUGCUUGUCGCAAAGACGAAGGGGGCGCAGAGGCACUUGAAGGCCCAGUUUCACAAGACUGAGGUCUCGAAGCGCUACAUCUGCCUCGUGCGGGGCAAGGUCGCGAAGGCGAAGGGAGUGAUCGACGCCAGGAUUCGCACCAUCAGAACCGACGCGAUGAGCCGCUCCGAGGUGUCCAGCAGCGGGGAGUGGGCCGAGACCACGUACCAGGUUGUCGCCACCUACCACGGCUCGGGCGUGGAGCACCACAACGCCUACAGCCUGCUCGCCUGUGACAUCACGACCGGCCGUACACACCAGAUCAGGGUGCACAUGGCGCACAUCGGGCACCCGCUGGUGGCAGACGACAAGUACCUCUCAGAGGCUCAACUGCAGGAGGACCGUGCGAGCGUCUGCCCACGGCUGUUCCUUCACAGCUACCGGCUCUGCUUUUGCGACAUCAACGGCAAGCACAUGCAGGUGCUGUGCCCGAUUCCAGACGACUUGCGACUUGCGCUCGCGAAUCUUGGAGCUUCAGAUCCGUCACGGCCGUCGUCAGACUCGCUGUUUGGAGAGAAUUCGUGGCAGCGCGAACUCGUGAGACCAGAGGUGUUGCAGUGGCGCCCAGGCACGCGACUGCUGCGUCGCGUUGCCUCGCUGGUUCAGGACUUUGGACGCAGCUGGGCCAGUGACGCUGAGGGAGCUGAAGGCUGA